AUGUACUUGCUCUUGAUCUUGGGCGGUGCCCUGGUCGCCUUUGCUCUUGCAUGGCUGUCUUCAGCCGUCAUCACCGCCGUCUUCUCCCCACUGCGAUAUCUCCCUGGACCCUUCUGGGCAAGGUUUACGCGCCUUUGGUAUGUUAAGCGCGUUUACGAGGGACACUUUGAACAUGACAAUAUUCAAUUGCAUCGUCGGUACGGCCGGGUUGUGCGCAUUGCCCCCAACAUGUACAGCAUCGACGCACCGGAAGCCGUGGGCACCGUCUACGGCAUCGCAUCCAAGAUGCCAAAGUCGGACUGGUAUGAGGGUUGGAAACACCCAUCGCCCGACCGUUGGACCUUGUUUCCGGAUCGAGACAUUCAGAGACACGCAGAAACCAGAAGGCGAUUCCAGGGCCUCUACAGCAUGUCGAGCCUGGUGAGCUAUGAGGGUUACGUCAACGAGUGUACCGAUAUUCUGCAGCGACGACUCUCCGAGUUUGCUAGACACGGUUCCAUCAUUGACAUGACACACUGGUUCCAGUGUUACGCAUUUGAUGUCAUUGGUAACAUCACUUACUCCAAAAGAUUCGGCUUCCUCGGCCGUGGCGACGACGUUGAUGGCAUCAUGAGAGCCCUGCAUGGAUCCAUGAUAUACAGCACCUUGGUAGGCAUCCUCCCGGCGUUGCACAAGUACCUAUACCACGCCAUGAACAAACUAAAUGUCGGCGGAGCUGUCGGGAGAACAUACCUCAUGAAGUUUGUGAGCGAAAGAAUCCAACAGAGAAGGUCGGAAAGAGGUCAAUAUGCAGACAAAUCCGUCUCCUUGGAUGAGAAUGCUCCUCAGGAUUUUCUCGAGAAACUCAUGGUUCAAAAUGAGGACAAUCCGCAAAAGGUUACGUCAUAUCACCUUUUCAUGAUGGGGCUCUCCAACAUUAUUGCCGGCGCCGACACCACGGCAAUCAGCCUUUCGGCAGUUUUAUACCACUUGAUUCGAAAUCCAGACUCUUUGCAGAAGCUAAGAGACGAGGUCCAGCAGCGCUUCUCGGAGGGUCUCUUUGAUGGCACGCACUUGACAUUCAAGCAGAGCCAAGAAAUGCCGUAUCUGCAGGCUGUCAUCAAAGAAGCUCUUCGACUGCACGCUGCGACUGGCCUACCGCUCUGGCGGGUAGUCACGGACGGCGGCCUGGAGCUUGACGGGCAUUUCUUCCCUCCGGGCUCGGUUAUUGGUCUCAACACUUGGGUCGCGCACUACAAUGAGGACGUCUUUGGCCCUGACGCGAGGCAAUUUCGGCCAGAACGAUGGAUCGAGACUGAUGAUAAUGGACCUGAUAUAAAGGCCAUGAACGCAUAUUACUUACCGUUUGGUCUUGGGUCGCGCACAUGCUUGGGGAGACACAUUUCCUUCUUGGAAAUGUCCAAGCUGAUUCCUCUGCUCGUGAGAAACUUUGACUUUGAGCUGGUUGGUAGGCGAGCUGCUUGGAAAACCGAGAAUUACUGGUUUGUCAAGCCGACAGACUUCUUCGUUAGGGUUGUAGAUCGUAAAUCUUGA